ACGUGGUUGGUAUGACUAAAAAAAAGGAAGUCUCUCAGUGGUUGUGCUUCUCCUGUGUGCCUUGUGUGUCAGUUACGAUGAGACAUCAAGUCCUCCUCAUUGCGUUACUCCAAGGGGCACUAGUUCCCCUUGAGGGAGUCCCUGGUUACCUUGGGGCUAACGUUACCUUAAAGUCAGGAGCAAACGCAUCAUGGAAUCUCUCCAAAAUUGAGUGGUCAGUGUUCUCCAACAACACAUGGAUUGCCACCUAUCGCAAGGGGAUAACAAACAUCGAACGCAUCAGUCGGUACAAAGGGAGACUCAGUCUCAACAUCUCUUCAGGUGACUUGACGAUCCAUAAUCUGACCAGUGAGGAUGCCAUGGAGUACACUGUGGACCUCAUCAACACAAUGAAAAAAGGCACAGUGAACAAGAUCAAGCUCGAAGUUAUGCAACGACUUAAGAAACCAUCUGUAAAGGAACUCGUCAGUGCACCUGUAGAAGGAGGCUGUUUUGUGGUGUUUGAUUGUUCUUCUCAAGAUCAAGAUGUUACACUCUCCUGGGAGGUUAAACCUCUCAACAACACUGCCUACAACAUGAGUAAUCCUGAUGGAAAACCUGGAGUUCUUUUAGCAUUCCUCAACACCACACAGAAGCUUGCCAAUUUCACCUGCACCUCCAGCAGGACUACGGAGAAGGCUUCAAAUGCUGUCACUGCAAAGUGUCAUGAAAACCCCUGCCCCGGAUGUGCUCCUAUGUUUUUUUUAGGUUUAUUUAUAGCAUUUGCUAUGUCAGUAGGAAUGUAUUGUUUCAGAGAAAAAAUCGAAUCUGCAUGGAAAUAUCUCAAAGACAACCUGCCUCAAUCAGAGGUAUAAUCCACAGUUAGCUUGACGUCUGUAAAAAUUUCAAGAAGCUGAAUUGACAACACCACAGUGGCAUUAGCCAUGCCGGACAAUGACUACAGCACUUGUGCCGUAUGAAAACUGUGAUAUAUUAGCACAACACAAGAAUGUAAGAAUGUAUUUCGCUAUAAUCUGCAGCAGAGCUGUCGGAGUUAUCAGAGCUGGCUUUUAUUGUGGCCAGAAGUCCAAUUGGACUCAAAUAUGAGUGUAGGGAGGUGGAGAGAGAGUCUGCAACCAUAAAUGUACAAAAGCAUACAAAAAGAACAGUGACACACAAGACAACCAGAUGAACUGAUAAAGACAAGAUCCACACGGCCUAAGCAUCUGCCACCAUGAUAUUAUCAUUUGUCAUUAUUAAAACAAUAUCAAUAUUUCAUUUUUUAAAAUAUCAUUACCCUCGAUAUCUGUUUAUCUCAACACCACUUAUCUAUAAAAGCAGCAGCAUAACAAUAUAUAUAAUAAUAUAUAUAUAAUAUAAUAAUAUAAAUUUGUAAAUAAAUUGUGGAUUUUCUUGAUCAUGACAUUAAAAGAAUAUUUUUGAAA